AAUUAGCCCCAACUUUCUUUAUAAAAGAGAGUUGGUUUGGUUUCUAUCUAAAAUACACAUUUGAUAUCUCCUUUCUUCCUCAGCAACCCAUUUUAAGUUGCAAAUUAAACAAACAAAAAAUAUGGAUAACUAUUUCCUAGUUUCUAUAUCAUUGUUCAUAGCACCCAUGUUGUUACUAGGCAUCAUCGCAAGACUAGGGCGAAAAUCGUACCCGCCGGGCCCAAUGGGCCUUCCCGUCAUCGGCAACAUGAUGAUGAUGGACCAGCUCACCCACCGCGGGCUAGCCAAGCUAGCCCAACGUUACGGUGGGCUGUUCCAUCUCAAGAUGGGCUUCGUUCACAUGAUGGUGGUCUCUAGUCCGGAGGAGGCCCGACAAGUCCUCCAAGUCCAUGACAACAUCUUCUCCAACCGGCCCGCCACUAUUGCUAUUAGUUACCUUACGUACGACCGGGCCGACAUGGCUUUCGCUCACUACGGACCCUUCUGGCGCCAGAUGCGCAAGCUAUGUGUCAUGCGUCUCUUUAGCCGUAAACGGGCUGAGUCGUGGCAGUCUGUCCGUGACGAGGUGGACUACAUUGUCCAGGCCCUCACAGACCGGGCUGGGUGUACGGUUAACGUAGGAGAACACGUGUUUAACCUUACAAAGAAUAUAAUAUAUCGGGCCGCCUUCGGGUCUAGCUCCUCGGAGGGGCAGGAUGAGUUCAUUUCCAUUCUUCAAGAGUUUUCCAAGCUCUUUGGGGCUUUUAAUAUUGCGGAUUUUAUCCCAUUCUUCAGUUGGGUCGACCCGAAUGGGCUCAACGAUAGGCUCGUUAACGCCCGGAGCGCGUUGGACGGGUUCAUCGAUCGGAUUAUCGAUGAUCAUAUCAACCAAAAGAAGGCUAUAAAUGGACAACAUGUAAUAAAAGAAGAAGAUAUGGUGGAUGAUUUGUUGAACUUUUAUAGUGAGGAAGCCAAAGUUAACGAGUCGGAAGAUUUGCAAAACGCCAUCAAGCUUACUAAGGAUAACAUCAAAGCCAUCAUCAUGGAUGUGAUGUUUGGUGGGACUGAGACGGUAGCAUCGGCGAUAGAAUGGACAAUGACAGAAUUAGUGCGGAGCCCCACUGACAUGAAACGGGUCCAACAAGAACUAGCUGAUGUUGUUGGAUUAACAAAACGGGUAGAAGAAUCGGAUCUUGAUAAGCUCCCAUUUUUCCGUUGCUGUAUUAAAGAGACCCUUCGCAUGCACCCACCAAUCCCUCUUUUACUCCACGAGACUGCCGAGGAUGCUAUUGUUGGAGGAUACUAUAUUCCUAAACAAUCUCGAAUUAUGAUCAAUGCAUGGGCUAUUGGACGAGACCCGAACUCGUGGUCGGAUCCGGAGAUGUUUAAACCCGGAAGGUUCCUUAAAGAGGGAGUGCCCGAUUUUAAAGGGGGUAAUUUUGAGUUUAUACCGUUCGGGUCGGGUAGGAGGUCUUGCCCGGGAAUGGUGCUUGGGUUGUACGCGCUUGAAAUGUGUGUCGCGAACUUGCUCCACUCGUUUACUUGGGAGUUGCCUGACGGAAUGAAGCCUAGUGAAGUGAGUACGGAUGACAUAUUUGGACUCACCGCUCCUCGGGCGAGUCGACUCGUUGCGGUUCCGAGUCCAAGGCUAUUGUGCACGUACACCUGAUGAUUCAAUGCCGGAGCGGUGAGGGUGACACUCAACUCACUCAAGGUUAGAAUUGAAAUAAGGUAUUUGCAUGCGUUUUGUAAUACACUAUUUAUUUUUAUUUUAAUUAAGUAAAUGUGGAAUAUUUGAUGUGUGUAUGUAAUGGUGUGACGUGUUAGAUAACAUUGUCUUAGAGAUAAAAUUUACCCUGUUUAUGGUGCAAUUGGAUAUGGCGAUGCUUCCAAGAUUUAAUACAGUGUUACUCCAAAAUGUACACUCAACU